AUGAUUAUUUCGCAAACGCUACCUAACAUGGAAGGCAAGACGGUCACAACAACUGACACAGACAAAACCGAGGAACCUUCAGAUGAUACAACUGAUUCAAGUUCAGAGAAGACACAGCGCCCGAUUUCCACAGCCAUGCCAAACGGAAGUUCAACAGAAAAGCCGCCCUCCACUCUAAACGCGAAACCGGAAUCGAGUUUGCAAACUUUACCCAGCUUUCAACCUUAUGCUAGCACAGCAAACAAGAACACUGAAACACAUGAAACCGUAGACAAUCCAACAGUGACAAAAAUACAGGAGUCACCACCCCAGACAGGCAUGCCAGAUGAAAGUUCAGCGCUGCCUAGUACAGAAAAUGCGGCCUCCUCUCCAACUGCGACACCGAUGUCUAGUUCGCAAACAUCGACCGGCAUGGAAGACUUUUUAACCAUCCCAACCCAUACCACAAACACAGAUGCAUCUGAGGAAACUUCAACGGGGUCGACACCAGUGAAAUCACAAUCCUCGAGUUCCGCGGACACGCAAUAUUUAGCUUCAACAAUGCCAAGUACAGAAUAUUCCACCUCCGCUCUUAUAGCAACACCGGAGUCUAGUUUGCAAACUUCACCCAGCUUUCAAUCCCAUGCUAGCACCGCAACCAGGCACAUUGAAGGACAUGAAACUGUGGACAAUUUGAAGGUGACAACAUUACAGGAAUCACAACUCCCGAUUCCCACAGACAUGCCAAAUGAAAGUUCAGAGCAGCCUGGUGCAGAAAAGGCGAUCUCCACUCUAACCGCCACACCGAUGUCCAGUUCCCCAACAUCAGCCAGCAUGGAUCUUUAUUCAAACAGCCCAACACAUACGACGUACACAGAUGAGUUUGAGAAAAAUUCAACGUGGUCAACACCAGAGAACUCACGAUCCUCCGGUUCCAGAGACAUGCAAAUUGAAAUUUUAACCUUGCCGUAUACAGGAAUCUCAGCGUCGGCUUCAACAGCAACACCAAGCACCAGUUCGGAAACUUCACGAAACUUUCAACCCCAUGCUAGCACAGCAAUCAAGAACGCUGAAACACAUGAAGCUGUAGACAAUCCAACAGGGACAACAAUACAGGAGCCACCACCCCAGACAGACAUGCCAGAUGAAAGUGCAUCGCUGCCUAGUACAGAAAAGUCGACCUCCGCUGUGACGGCGACAGCGACGUCUAGUUCCCAAACAUCAGCCAGCAUGCAAGUCUAUUCAACUAGCCCAACCCAUACCACAAACACAGAUGCAUCUGAGACUAAUUCGAUGUUGUCAACAUCAGAGAAAUCACAAUCCUCGAGUUCCGCGGACACGCAAUAUUUAGCUUCAACAAUGCCAAGUACAGAAUAUUUCACCUCCGCUCUUAUAGCAACACCGGAGUCUAGUUUGCAAACUUCACCCAGCUUUCAAUCCCAUGCUAGCACCGCAACCAGGCACACUGAAGGACAUGAAACUGUGGACAAUUUGACGGUGACAACAACACAAGAAUCCCAUCCUCCGAUAUCCACAGGCAUGCCAAAUUAUAAUUCAGCCAUGCUUGGUACAGAAAAGGUGACCUCCGCUCUACGCGCGACACAGACGUCCAGUUCACCAAAAUCAGCCAGCACAGAAGUCUACUCAACCAGCCCAAACCAUACCACGAACACGGGCGAAUCUGAGAAAAAUUCAACGUGGUCAACAGAAAAAUCACAAUCCGCGAGUUCCGAGGACACGCAAUACAAAAGUCCAACAGUGCCCAGUACACAAAAUGCAAGCAAUACUGGAAAUAUAACAAAACAUUAUGGAAUGGAAACAUCAUCCAGCCUAGAAAUCUAUUCAACAAACCUAACAGAAGCCACAACGACAACAACAACUGAACCCGCGACAACAAGGACAAUACCAGUAAUCACAACAACAAAACACGAACGAGAAAUUCCAACAACAGAAGCCACAAAGACCACCACGAACAAACUAGUUACAACGCAUAAGCCAAAAAGGCGUAAUACACAAGAGAGAAGUCACAUUCCAACUGAAUCACCGGACGGUAUUUCACAAACAUCAGCCAGCAUGAACACCAACGCAACUAGUCCAUCGGAGGACACAAAGACAGAUGGAUCCCUGGAAAGUUCAGUGGGGACAACAAUAGAGAAAUCACAAUCCCCGAGUUCCAUCGCCACCCAAACACAAAGAUCACAGGAGCGUGGUACAGAGGACUUGUUCUCCAUUCAACCUAAAACACAGGCUGGUAGACCGCAAACAUCAUUGAUCAUUAACACCAAAGCAACCAGCACCACCGAGGAUACCAAAACAAGUGAGCCCAUGGAAAGUUCAGUGGAUACUGCACUAGGAGGAUCAGAAUCCCCGAGUUCCAUCAUCACCCAAACACAAAGCUCACCGGUGCUUGGUACAAAGGACUUGUUCUCCACUCAACCCGCAACACAGGACGGUAGUUCACAAUCAUCAUUCAUAACGGAAACCGAUGCAACCAGCCCAACCAUGAACACCAAAACAAGUGAGCCCGUGAAAAGUUCAGUGGGGACAACACCAAAGGAAUCACAAUCUCCGAGAUUCACAAACAUCCAAACUGAAUAUUCUACAGUGCCCAGUACACCUCACUCGUCCAUCAUCAUUCCAACUAUGACACCAGACAGUGGGUUGCAAACAUCACUCAGCAUGAAAACCAACGCAACGAGCCCAAGCGUGCACACUUCCAUUUUGCAGACUUCGUUACCACCUCGUUGUAGGAGAUCCGGGGGGUCCAUCUAUCUGCCUAUCGUAAAGUUAUACACAAUCAACUUGGUGACUUCAUGCUUUCAUAGGCUGACAAAUCUUCUAUAG